UUAGGACUACAAGUGUGAUGUCUAAACAGUAAUCAGUAAUGAUUUCAGUGUGUCUGAUCAUGUUCAAUGAUAAUAAGAACAAAAUCUAAUGCAAUGAUCUAAUAGACAUAGUUCCAGCUGUUGAUGUUAAUAUUCAAUAAGAAGAUCAUUAUUCUCAACGGUUACUGAAAAACCAAGAGGUGAUCGAGUUAACUUGGGAGUGCUCUCGCUGUUUUGGAACUGGACAUGUCCACAGUGAAACAGUGAAGAGUGUGUUUGUGGAGGAGCGUCUACAACUGCACACACUGCCUAAUUCAGAACUCUCAGAAAACAACCAAUGGAUCCUGUUGUAGAAGCAGUGGCACUGCUGCUUGGGUUUUUGGGCUGGGUUAUGGUGGGGGUUGCCAUACCCAACCGUUACUGGAAGACCUCCACCCUGGACGGGACCGUCAUCACCACUUCCACUCUGUAUGAAAACCUGUGGAUGUCGUGUGCUUCUGACUCCACCGGAGUGCACAACUGCCGCGAGUUCCCGUCCCUGCUCGCGCUCUCUGGUUACCUUCAGGCCUCGAGGGCCCUUAUGAUCGCCUCUGUGGUUCUCGGUGCAUUCGCCCUGGUUGCCACACUCUUAGGCAUACAGUGCUGUAAAGCAGCUGAGAACAAUCCGGUACUCAAAGGCAAGCUCGCCGGAACUGGAGGUGUCUUCUUUAUCCUACAGGGCCUGUGCACGAUGAUAUCUGUUUCAUGGUAUGCAUUCAACAUCACUCAGGAGUUCUUCAACCCAAUUUACCCAGGCACAAAGUAUGAAAUAGGCGAGGGAUUGUACAUUGGAUGGUGCUCUGGGGUUCUUGCCAUCUGUGCUGGUGUGUGUCUAGCAUUUUCCUGCAAAACUAGCUCAACCGAAAAGAUUGCAUAUGCAUAUCAACCUUCCAGGGGAACCAUAUACUCCACAGGAGCAGCAUCAAGGAGAGAUGCUCAAAGCACUUAUGACAAGAAUGCAUAUGUUUAAUAAAUAAUCAAACAGCCAACCAGACCUGUCCAGGUCAAUUUAGUGUAUAAAAACUAUAGUGCAAAUAUGUAAAUAUGUAGACUUGUACAAGGCGUGGAAGCUUAUACUUAUAACUUAGAGUUAUUUUUAACACAUGCAUUUAAAAAAAUCUGUUAUACAGAAAUGCCCUGAAAUUAUGAUUCUUUUAUACACAUUUUGUACUAUUUUUAUUGCCUCCAGAUGCAAUAUUGUCUACUUUGUAAUUUUUUCACACCGUUUUUGUUUAUUAGCACCUGAUAACUAAUGACCGUAAUCAAUGUUUUCAGACAUGAAAGAAUUUUGACUAAGGAGUAAUACCCAGUGGUUCUCUUAUGAGAGUGUAUUAAAAGGUUUUGAGACUAGUUUUGUAACUCGCCAACUGUCACAGGAGCACUGAACUUUAUAAGUCAGCGGGCCGAAAGACAUCAUCCUGUGAACAUCGGGAGCUGUGCAACUGGUGCUAUUCUGACAAUGUGCAUAACCAUGUCUACUAUUCCAUCAUGGACAGCAAGUUAGACCAAAGAGCGAACGUUUAAUACUGCGUGAAACUGGGCAAAUCUGCCACAAAUACGUUUGACAUGAUUCAACAAGUUAACGGCAAUGGUGCAGUGAGUCAGUUAAGGUGUUUUAAGUGGCACACGGGCUUCAAGAGCAGAAGAACGUCCCUGGAAGACGACGAGAGGAAGGAAGAUCUUCAAUUCGGCAACUUGUGCAUGAUGAUAUUUGGAGAACAAUCCACAACAUUGCUGCCCUUGUCGAUGUGUCUUAUGGACAAUACUCACGUGUGAUUUGAACAUGCACCGCGUUGCUGCCAAGUUCACCCCCAGGCCGCUGACCCAGGAGUUGACCCAGCACCCCAUAUUUACAGUGUACAGAAAUAUUGAUACUUUUUAUGUAAUUUGUUUAAAAAAAAACAUUUGUUUAUAAUAUGGAUGAAUAAUUUUGUAGAAUUAAAAGUGAUAUUUAUAAUUAUCUGUCACAUUUAUAUAAAUGAAGGUCAAAAAUUCA